CUGCUGUCGCAGCCGCCGCCUCGGCUGUGGCCGCUGCUCCUGCCGCCGCCGCUCUGCCUGGUCCAACCUCCAGGCCCAGUGCUCUGACUUUGCCGAACCGGGGCGCUCUGCAGAGACAUCUUCACUCCUUCCUGGGGGUCUGGGACACCUAGGCCGGCGUUGGGGGGAACCUCCGCUUGCGGGUGACAGGGAGGGAGGAGCUGAAGCCCGCAACACCCGUCGCCCGGAUCAACAGGACAGAACAGGUUGAGGGGCGUCGGGGAAAGGAAGGGGUGCUAUAGCAAUCCCAGGGAGGACGAGGAAGCCCUGUCGCAUCUGAUGCGCUAUGACUUAUUAAGGCCUGUUGACGUUUGAGGAGUGGUGACAACGUGGGUGAUCUCCACUCUUGGGGGCCUCGUUAGAUUGGAGGGUGUGGGAUCUGAGUAGUGCCAGUUGUUCCUCGGGAAAUUUAAGGAGCAACCAGAAGACGAACAAAACGACUGAUGCUCCUUGCUUCGGGGUGACAGAAGGUCCCCCAGACAAGCACCUGGUUAUGCACAAGGAAGGGCUGAUUUGGAGGUGACUUCAAAAGGAGCGGAGUUAACAAAGUGAGGAGAAGGUCUCAGCAGCUGGAACCCUGUGGUACUGGAACCCUAGGGGAGCCCAGGGCGCUCCGGGAGCCUGCUGGUUUGGGGGUGUCUCCUCCCGGGGCGCUAUGGCGGCUUUGGCCAGUAGCCUGAUCCGACAGAAGCGGGAGGUCCGCGAGCCCGGGAGCAGCCGGCCGGUGUCGGCGCAGCGGCGCGUGUGUCCCCGCGGCACCAAGUCUCUUUGCCAGAAGCAGCUCCUCAUACUGCUGUCCAAGGUGCGACUGUGCGGGGGGCGGCCCACACGACAGGACCGUGGCCCAGAGCCUCAGCUCAAAGGCAUCGUCACCAAACUGUUCUGCCGCCAGGGUUUCUACCUCCAGGCAAAUCCGGAUGGGAGCAUCCAGGGCACCCCAGAGGACACCAGCUCCUUCACCCACUUCAAUUUGAUUCCCGUGGGGCUCCGAGUAGUCACCAUCCAGAGUGCCAAGCUGGGUCACUACAUGGCCAUGAAUGCUGAGGGGCUAUUGUACAGCUCGCCACAUUUCACAGCAGAGUGUCGCUUUAAGGAGUGCGUCUUUGAGAAUUACUAUGUCCUGUAUGCCUCUGCCAUCUACCGCCAGCGUCGUUCUGGCCGGGCCUGGUACCUAGGCCUGGACAAGGAGGGCCGGGUCAUGAAGGGAAACCGAGUCAAGAAGACCAAGGCAGCUGCCCACUUUGUGCCCAAGCUCCUGGAGGUGGCCAUGUACCGGGAGCCUUCUCUCCACAGUGUCCCUGAGACCUCCCCUUCCAGUCCCCCGCCCCUUGAGAUGUAGUCCCUGGACUGGAGGCUCCCUGCACUUCGGUGAACCAGCCACCACCACAGCCUGUCUCCUAGCCCUGCUCCAGGCCUUGCUGCUGUCCCCCUGUUGCCACACACAUGCCCUAAGCAGCCAGGCCUCACUAGGUGCUGUACCCCGAGGGAGCUUAGGGACUAGUCGGCUGGGAUUCUGGAGUUGCUGAACACUUACAUUCUGGGGCCUAGGAGAGGUUCUAAGAUGGGGGUACCCGAAAUGAUCCUGGCUGACCACAUAUUUCUUUUCACAUUAACUCCUCCCCUCCAAAGAGCCCCAAUUUUUCCUGAAGUGGCGCUGGGGGCUAAUCUUCUUCUCCCUGGCUGAGCCAGUUUCUGAAGCCAUGCACUCCUUCAGUCGCCAUGAAGCCACAGCUUUCUAGGUGGCACACUGACACCCAGAACUAGUUUCCUUUUCUACCCACUCUACCUUCUGCCUUGGUCUGGAGAGGUUCAUAUCCACUGAACACCCCAGCCAGGGCCAGUCUGUGUUCUGUCCUGGAACCCAGGCAUGGAUCCUUUAUGCUUCUAUUCUUGACCUAGACAGAUACCCCCCACCCCCGAUUUUUUAAAAAGAGGCUGAAUUUGAGCCUCCUAAUAUAGCCAUUGGCCUUGGUCUUAACUGGAAGCAGCCUCAGGUCACGCCGUACGUUAACCCUUCUUAUCCCAGAGACACCCAAUUCUAGAGCCUGGCGUUCUGUACCUCUAUAGAGCCAUACUCCCUCCUAAUCCCAGCUCUAGGACAUAGACCAUGACUCUCAGCCCUUCUUUCCUGGGUCAGGACUUCAAGUUGGAGGCUAUCCUGGGCACGCGUGUGUGCGUGUACACACACACACACACACACACACACACACACACACACACAGAGCAUGCUUACUAGUCAAUACUGAAUGAACCAAGAACCACCACUGCUUAUUUUUCCUACAUAGUUUUAUAAAAAUCUUCUUUCCUCUAGAAUGCUUAGAAUGCUAACCAUACUUUUAUAUGGUUUCUAGUUUUAGCAUUCCAGAUGGGGUUUUGCCAGGAAGAAAAAGUCUAGGGAAAGGUACAGGAAUUCUGGAAAAAUGUACCUGGCUCAUGUAGGGAAGCUGAGAGGAGGAAAAUGCCAUGCUUUGAUUGAAUUUGUGUCUGCUUUGGGAAGACAUGAACACUUAGCUACCUCAGCAGGAAUUCCUUCCAGGUCCCUUUUAAAGCUGAGGUCCUUUGCUUGAUAUGGUAUGGUGCAUUUGUGAGGUGGAGUCUAGAAUUAAAAAGGACAAAUAGAGACACAGACUUGAUUCCCCCUCCCAGCAAGGAGACUCCCACCCAUCUCAGCAAUAAGUCCAACUCUCCCUCCUACAGAUCAGGCCUAGGAGAGGAGGAGCCUCUUAGGCUCCCAGACCUCAUAUGUCCCCAGAGCUUCUAAUGAAACAGAAUUUACUUUACAGCUUAUAACCUCAGCUGGGGUUUAAGUACCCAAAAAAGGACCUGAAAACCGGGAACCUCUAGUAAAAUAGGGGGUAGAUUCCGAGUCUAGCAGAUGUAGGUGGAAACGGCUACGGGACGGUCCUAAAGGAGGGGCUAGUGCUCAAACGCAGGUCACUUUUCCUCAGGCCCUUUUACUUCUGGCUUGUUGCAAGAGAUGCCCCCCCUCCCUCACACAAACCCCGCUCAGGCUCCGCCCAUCCCCUGGCUCUGCUCUUAGGGGCCUGGGUCUCCAUGCUUUCUCUAAUUAAAGAUGAUUUAUACAA